CCGGAGGAGAGGCGGCCGGGCGGGCCGGGCCAUGCUGCGCUGGCUCCGGGACUUCGUGCUGCCCGCGGUGGCCUGCCAGGAAGACGAUGACUACGUCAACUACGAGAUCCUCUUCCAAGAGCUGGACCGCGACGGGAACGGGCUGGUGGACAUCGUGGAGCUCCAGGAGGGGCUGAAAAACUGGGGCUCCUCAUUUGGUCUGAACUCCGAGAAUGACAUUUUUAAAGCUGGAGAUACCAAUGAGGAUUCAAGAUUGGACUUUGGAGAAUUUUUGCAGUACCUUAAAGACCACGAGAAAAAAAUGAGGCUGGCAUUUAAUAGUCUGGACAAAAAUAAUGAUGGAAUAAUAGAAACUUCAGAAAUAAUUGCUGCUUUGAAAUCACUGGGUAUAAAUAUUUCUGAAGCUCAGUCAAAAAAAAUUCUACAAAGCAUUGAUAGUGAUGGAACAAUGACAGUAGACUGGGAUGAAUGGAAGUACUACUUUUUACUUCAUCCUGCAACAAAUAUUGAUGAAAUUGCUAGUUUCUGGAAGCAUUCUACUGUAAGAUUGCUUUGUAUUUUAAUCUAUUUUUAUUUUGUCACAAUGUCAUAGCUGUUAUUAUGAUUACAUAACCUCUAUAAUACUUCCAGCCUCAGUGGCUAAAAUAACAAUAUUCUCUCCUUAUAAUGUUCUAAUUGAGCAACGGGUAUUAGUAUUAAAUGUACAAACAUAGCUACUACAAUUUCUUUGUUUACUAAAACCUAGAACUUAAAGUAUAUACUCAUCUACUGAAAGGGCCUACUUUGUGUUGAGAAUAAAUUACUCUAAUAUAGUUAACUGUCCUAGGAAAGUGGAAAAAUAAUAUACUUUUCUUUUUUCACAGAGUAUAUCAGAGAUGAUAUACUCACUUAGCUUUCUGUCAUGGGAAAUGUAAAGUCAAAGAUUAAGAUUCAAAAUUUCAGAAUCAGAAAGGAUCAAAUAUAUAAUCUACCUGUUCUUUUUAUGUAAGGACUUGACUCAGAGUUGUGAGGUUUUUUAAUCAAAAACUUGUUUUUUCUUUUUUAGAUCUCGAUGCAGGGGGUUAAGUUAAUCAUUUAUUCAUGGCAUACUAUUUGCAUCCUCUUCUUCAUAGACAAUAUAGGGGAGGACAAAGCAUAGGCUUCAGAGUCAGAUGUCUAGGGUUGAAUUUCACUUCUGCCACCCACUAGCUUUAUAAUCCCUCUGUGCCUCAGUUUUCUCAGUUAUAUACUGGGGAUAAUAAUGGUAAGAGUUUUGAGAAUUAAAUUAAUACAUUAGUUAGUGAAUUUAGAAAAGGGCUGGGCAGGUAAUAUAUGUCUUCAAUAAAUGUUACUUAUUAUGAUAGGCACUUAUAUUAAUAUGUGUAGUCUGUGUCUUGGAUAUGUAUAUAUUCUUAGGAAUCAUGUAGUGUUUCGUGUGUGUGUGUGUGUAUUUAAUUUACAUAGGUAGUAUUCUGCUAAAGUCCACAACUGAUUUCUUGCUUUGUUCACUCGGUGUUAUGAUUUUAAGAUUUGUCCUUGUUGUUAUGCAUUCAUCUAGUUUAUUGCUUCUAACCACUACAUGGUAUACAUUUAACACAUCUUCUUUAUCCAUUUCCCUAGUAAUAGACAUCUAGAUCUUCUCCAACUUCAUCCAAAAAACAAAAAAACCAAAACCAAACAAACAAAAAAACUUUCCUCUUUUGCACUUUAGAGAAUUUCACCUGGAUUUCUGAGUCAAAACGAAUAUGCAUUUGCAAUUUUACAGAGGUUAUCCAGUCUUAAUUCUAUGAAAGAUAGCCAUGUUAUUUCCCAAAUGACUUUUUAUACCAGCUUACAUUGCCACCAGCAAUGCAUGAAUAUUGCUUGGUAUUAUCCAAUUUUCUAAUAUUUUCCACUCUGUUGGGUAUAGAGUGGUAUCUUGUCUUAAUGGGCAUUUCUAACUUGUCUUCAUAGAAAUACUAGAGAUUCACAUGUUCUUGUCUACAAAUUGUCUAUUUUUAUCUUUGUCUAUUUUUUCAAGAUUUUUUGAGGCAGAAUUGACAUACAACAUUGUGUAAGUUAAGGUGUACAACAUGAUAUCUGAUACACGUAUGUAUUGUGAAACGAUUGUCACAUUUCCCUCCAUAACCCUCACAUAAUUACCAUUUCUUUUUUGUGGUGAGAACAUUUAAGAUUUACUCUCUUAGCAACUUUCAGGUAUAUAAUACAUUAUUAACUGUAAUCACCAUGCUGUUGUACAUUUGGUCCCCAGAACUUAUUCACCUCAUAACCAGAGGUUUUUGUCCUAGACCAACAUCUUCCCAUUUCCCUCAUUUCCCAGCUCUUGGCAACCACCAUUCUACUCUGUUUCUAUGAAUUUGCCUUUUUUUAGAUUCCAUAUUUAAGUGAUACUGUACAGUGUUUUUCUUUCUCUGUUUGACUUAUUUCAUUUAGCAUAAUGUCCUUGAGGUCCAUCCAUAUUGUUGCAAAUAGCAGGAUUUUCUUCUUUCUAAUGGCUGAAUAAUAAACCAUUGUGUAUAUAUAC